AUGGAGCAGUGUAAGCCCACUCUGUUCGGGCUUCGUCAAAAGACUGCGGCGACUGACGAUGUCAACUCAGCAAACAAAAACCUUGCCGCGCAAAUUCACCAGGCGAUUCGCGACGGCGAAUACGCGUCGCUGUCACGGCUCGUUAAAGAGAAGGAACACCAAGUCUUAUGGGAGUCGAAUUCUUCUGGUUGGACGGCUAUCCAUUACGCCGCAAGUCACUUUCUUCCGGCAGAAUGGUGGGUUUGGAUUCUCUCACGCGCUGCAGUCACCUCUGGCGAUGAGUUCUUUGACUCGAAAACCGCACUCGGAGAAACAUGCUUUGACAUUUUUCUUCGAAGCUACAUUGAUCCACUACCGUGGCAAUCGAUUCAAGUAAAAAACUCUUCCAAACACUUACUAGAAGCAAUUGAUUUCGUCUGUCAAGACGAUCGACUUAUUGCCCAGACAAGAAAAGCCAUCAAAAUGCAAGAACGGAAUCAGUGCCAUAGUGUGCCUCGUUCUUUGGUGACUGGAAAUAGGCAAGUUCUCCGGUGUGUUCGAUUCUGGAGCCGCUUGGAUAUUCUUUGCCGUGCUGCGGCAGAUCGAGACUUGGAGUAUCCUCGCAAUGAAACUCUCGUAUCUGUGUUAGUCCGGUGCGGCACGUGUCCUGAACCCAUAGCACGGCUUUUACUAGUACUAUACCCAGAAUAUGCUCGAAUCAGAACACCAAAGAACUCGCUUCCAUUGCAUACUUGGACCGCACACUCAAAGAGCGAUUUCACAAGUUUAGACACUACCGGGAUGCUGUACUAUUUGAUAUCGGCCUAUCCACAGGCUGUAACGUCGUCCGAUGAACAAAGGCGGCUUCCAUUACAAACGGCGCUUCUUUCAGGAAAUCCUUGGUGUUCACUAAGGCCAUUGUUUGAAGCAGCACCAACGGUUCUUGAGCAACGAGACCCUGUUACCUAUCUACCAUGUAUCUGUUUAUCAGUUUUGGCACCCCAAAAAAAUGUCGAAGUACGAGCACGACAAAAUAUUGCCGGGAAUGGAGGCUUAGACGUUAUGUGGAAGAUGUUAACAAAAGAAAAGCAAAAGGCCAGUAGAGAGCAAGCAAGAGCGCAGCUGGAGCUGGAGCGUCUCGAUCUGAUCUACAACGUGCUGCUUGCUUUUCCGGGGGCUUUAUGGACAUUUUGAACGAAAGAUAUUCUACUUCUCUAUCUUUGAGCUACCUCGACUUGACAGUGAGUACUGUCUUCCAUUCAAAAUUUAAAGGGCUGUCCAUGGGGAUUAGUACAUGCUUGUGGUAUGCCUCCUCUUGCUAUUGUGGAUAGUGAAGUGCUGUCUUGCUCCGAUAGUAUGCACUACCUAUGAUCCCUUCACCGUAAAUGCAUGUCUCUCUUUCCCGAUCAUCGUCGUUACGACAGACAUUUGAAGACCUCUGCGAUGAUUUUCUUGAGCAGUUCCCUUUCCUUUUCCAAUUUAAAAGAUUCUAACAGUCGACUAAAGGCCAACCGCUACAGCGCAUUUGAAACAAGGCGGCUCUUUUGAUCACGGAUAUCGACUUUGUCGCACAGCUUACAUAUUGAACGCGACUCUACAAUCCAAUACUUUUGCUGGAUCUUUCAGUGAGAGACCUCAUUCAUGUAUUUUAUUUUACUGGGAGCGCUAUUCGCUUCUGGGGUUGCAGCAGACGUUUGUCUGUCCAGUUUAAUCCAAGGACGCAACAACGUGAAGGAGAGAGGCGCGACCUCAUUCAGCGAAGAUACUACUGUUACCAAAGCGGUAAUUCUGUCUAUUCCUUACAAGG